UGUCAUGCACAGUGCUCACCUGCAGGUGGCGGUGUUACACACUGACCUUCUGUGCUAACAAGCAAGAGAAGAAGAAGAGCGGAAGUUAGAUCUUCCGGUGUCCUUGUGCCUGAUAGUGACGACCAGGGAUAAACGAAAAUGUUCAGACACAUGAUUGCUCUCCGGCAGGUGGCGCGACGGAGCAUCUACAGCUCCGUUCCCCGGCAGGUGGAAAACAAAGUCCCCCAAAAACAGAAACUCUUUCAGGAGGACAAUGGGAUGCCUGUUCAUCUAAAAGGAGGCAGCACUGAUGCUCUUCUGUAUAGGGCCACCAUGGGCCUCACCGUUUUGGGAGUCGGGUAUGUUUUGUACGAACUGGUGAAAGCUUCGUUCCCUCAAAAGAAAGACUGACGUCUUCACUCCGGCUGUUCAUUUCCACAUCCAGAAACCCUUCAGGUGCUUCAUGCUGUAUCUGAUUUGCCGUUGUUCCGUCAUGUUGUCUCUUGUGUGAGGAGUAAUAAAUUAUUUCUUGUACAUGAUCUGUUAACCUGAGGAUCCAAUAAACAAAAUAUACCUCUCCUCUCAUGACCAAAA